AUGAGCCGUGUCCUGUCCCCGCCAAAGCUGGUGCUGCUGGCUGUCCACCUUGCCAUCAACGCCGACAUUGACAGCUUGGCCUUUCUCACCUCUCGACACGCCGCCGUCCUGCGCAAAGAUGUCGUCCUGCGCAUACUCCUAACCUACCUUCCCGAGACGGUCAGGUCCCGCGACUAUGUCUACUUCCUUGAGGAGCUGUCUACGGGGGAUUUUGCGGAUCGCGAGGCCGCCAGCAUGGACUACACCGUUGUCGAGAACCUGUCCGAGGAGGACGCGGCGAAGAAGGUUCGCAAGCUUCGGUUGCUAUCCUUGGCAUGGGAAGAUGCACCCUUUAAUACAGAGGACGACCCGAUAACGCUCUUCCUCCUCCGAAGAGCCCACCGCGUUGACGAAGAGGCCGGCUUACUUACGCAGCUGCCUGAGCUUCUUGGUCCUUUUCUGCAAUACGCUCCAGGCAUUCGUCUGUGGAUGGUCUCGACAUUGCUGCCAUUGCUGAGGAGGAAUUACGAAUACUACCCUGCGGACGGCACACCCUAUACCCUUGCCGAGUUUCAGAAGCUACCUGACGGCGCUGCCGUGGACGCUCUCCUAUCUCAGACUGGAGUGCGGUCCGAGGACCACGCGCUAAUCGGCCGGGACUUGAGGGGCCUUCUGGUUCCGUGGCUUCACAAUGACGCCCGCUGGAAACAGUCUGAGGAUAGUUCCCUGAGCGUAUCCACGGACGAAGAACUGCACAGUCCAGGUUGGGAGCGAGCUCUGGAGUGGCUCCUGUCACUGAGUUCGAGUUCCUGGAGGGCAGCCGCCGCGGCCGUGGAGCAGUGGGGAGGUGCUGUAGAUGUUGAUUUGGGCGACUAUGAUGCCGUAUGGCUCAACGAGCAGCAGCAACAGUACCUUGACUGUCGGUAUGCUCGUGCCGUCUUGGCCUGCGCCUACGUCGUCCCCGAGGCCUCUGUCGAAGCACUUGAGGGCGCCCAUCAAAUGUUGAGAAAAGUCAUGGAUCUUCUUGGUGAGGAUGACACGCUUCCGCUACAGGCCGCAGCAGAGUCCUUGUCCGCGGUGCCUCAUCUGGAAGGGGAUGGUAUCCUACACCACAAAAAUACAGCAUUCAUGCGGGACGAUCUGUUGAAGCCGCACAACCCGCUCACUACUCCUUCAAAGAAGGCAACGCACCUGCUGCACGCUAUUAUUGACGAACGAGACCAGAAUGCCGAAGCCGCGAAGCUAAUACACGCCGUUGCGGCACAAGCCCCAAAACAUGACGCGAAUUUCUGGAUCAAGGCUCGAAACGAAUUGCUCUGGCUCCGAUGUUGGGGCGUAUCGAGUGCAAAUGGGCCAGUCGUAGGACUCUUUGCGCGAGUCAAAGCCGAAACUGUUGAGACGGAAAUCUUGAAAGCCCUGCUUGCAAGUGGACGAUAUCCUCUGGCAAGGUCGCUGUACGAGAACCCUGCCGAGAAACCGUUACCUGCCCAGGUCUUUCAGGAGCUGGUGAUUGCGGCAGCUCUCAACGCAUAUGACAAUGCCUCCAAUCCUAACCGUACCAGGGGUGGGCUCAAGAAAUGCGAUGAGAUCAUAAACUCCUUCCCCCUUACCAUUCCUGAAUCCCUGCCAGAGCGGCGAAAGAUCGAUGCGCUACUGAAGGCGACACACGCCCUCAGUGAUUACCGCCUGGUGCUGAGGCAGGGUGAGCCUUUCAGCCCCGUUGUCCUCCGCGUGCACUCCGACCCGGUCUCCAUCAUCAGCAAAGUCCUGGAGCAGAAUCCGAACAGCUAUACACGCAUCCAGGACCUCGCAGACAUGGGCGUCAAUAUGGUCCGCGCCGGUCUGGUAGACCGAGUCAAAAAGGGGGCCAUUCCUCAGGUUCAGAACGACGAGUUAGCACACAUUGAUGCCGCGCAGAAACGCAUCACGGCCAUGUGCAUCGAGGCCGCCCUGAAGGAAGACGAUUUUGAGACUGCGUACUCCUAUGUCGCCAACCGGCUGAGCGGCCGAGCGGACAACUCGGUUUCGAAUGCCACAGUCCAGCUUGACGACGACUGGUCCUGGCGAGCAGCGUUGCAAGCAGGCCAGUACAUUAGGACGGCAAGAACCGUCCGUCCGACACAUCUGGGUAAUGCCAGCGGCAACGCUGAGAUCAGGCACUUGGAGCACCGCAUCGACUGCCUGGCUACUGCGCUUCGCAUGGCUCCGCCUUCCCAGCUGCAGGAGAUCCUCAAGACCUUCCGGCGCUGCGAGGAGCAGCUCGACUCAGCACUCAAAGAGGAAGCCGCCCGCGAAGCCGCGUUAGACUCCGCUGCUGAUGUUGGCUCGCACGGCAUGCCUGGAGGAUUCGACUCAGGGCCGGCAAUCCGGUCCCACAGGCCAUACGGCAAUCAGUCUCGUUCCACAACGGCGGCGGCGGCCAAGGCAGGCGACGAUGCGCCCAUGUCGUUGUUCGAUCUGUCUCGUGCCACAGCUCGCGCUGCAUCGCGCAAUUUUUCUGCGCUCUCGACUCUGCAGCAGUCUGUAGGCGGCAGCAAGGCGCCGAGCAUAGCCGAAUCAAUCGCGAGCGGUGACGGAGAGGCGCACGACGACCACCCCAGGGCGAGGAAGCGAGAUCAGCUUCGUGAUGCAGCCAUGGGAACCCUGACAUCAGGUGUUGGCUGGCUUAUUGGUGCACCGGCACCCAGCGACCACCGCACGGCCAGAGACGACUGA